UUGAACUAGUAUUAGCUGCUUGGUGCGGUUCUGAUGGUGUAUUGCAACUGGAUCAGUGCUAUUGUGUACAAAUUUCGGCAUGUAGACCUGGUCGAAUUCUCGGCGAUAUUUUUCGGAUUUUCCACACACGAAAAGCUAUAUCUACCGCACGAAGAUGUCUGGCGGCAGAUUUCAGGUCAAGUCCUUCAGCCUCGGCAUGGGCACGACAAACAAACGUCUUCAGCAACAGAAAGCGGAAAAGGCUCGACAAGAGGAAGAAUCAAAGGCGGCGGCUGCUGCCUACGAAGAGUUCGUCGCGACGUUCGAUGACAAGAACAAACCGAAGGCGUUCGUUAAAGCUGGUGUCGUGGCACCCGGCGCAGGCGAACGUGAUACUAAACGAGAAUUGUAUAAGCCGCCCCGUUUCGAAGAGCUCGAGCAGCGUACCAAGGCCACACCUACGUUACCGCCUACUCCAUCGGAGAAUAAGCCGGCCAAGCCUGGCCGCAAGAAAGAUGAGCCCAAGAAGAAGUCUAACCUUGAGAUGUUCAAGGAGGAGCUGAAGAUCAUUCAGGAAGAGCGAGAAGAACGCCACCGCUUGAAAGGUGUCAUCAAAGGCCAGUUGCUUGAUGAGCCUAAAGAAUCGUCACACCGAUCAUCACGGAGCUCCAGUAGCUCCCUACUCUCUUUCGAAAAUAUCUCAACAACAUCUUCAUCGAACAACGAGCCAGCAGUGGCUCGAAAGUUUCCAGGCAGCUCACACGAUUCGGAUGAUCCGAACACAACAAAUUUGUACAUGUCAAGCCUUGAUCCAGGCCUGACCGAGAAGGAUUUGUGUGACAUUUUCGGCAUUUUUGGUCCCCUCGCAUCAGUUAAAAUCAUGUGGCCUCGUAGUGACGAAGACCGAAAAAAGAAUCGGAAUUACGGCUUCGUUGGGUUCAUGUCUCGAAAGGACGCCGAACGUGCCCUAUCAGUGAUGCAGGGUAAAAUGGUGCGCGGGCUAGAGAUGCGGAUGUCGUGGUCAAAAGCUGUUGUAAUACCUCCCGUACCCUAUUAUAUUCCACCCGUUAUGGCACAUCUUACAGUACCCCCGCCACCGUCAGGGCUGCCGUUUAAUUGUCAGCCGCCCCCUGAUAAGGCGAUUCCAGCCGAACAAGCCCAGUGCUUGCCUGAUGACUCAGACGAGCUGAAGGAGCUUAUACAAGCUUCCAUUGUUCGAGUUGUGGCACCAAGUGAUCGGCAGCUAUUGAGCCUUAUUCACAGAAUGGUAGAGUUCGUUGUGCGUGAGGGUCCUCUAUUUGAGGCGCUCGUCAUGAGCAAAGAAUUCAAUAAUCCGAUAUUUCGUUUCUUAUUCGAUUUUCAAUGUCCUGCACAUAUAUAUUAUCGAUGGCGGCUUUUCUCCAUAUUGCAGGGUGACCAUCCAACAAAGUACCGCUUGAAAAAAUUUCGAAUGUUUCAAGCUGGCUCGUGGUGGAAACCGCCUGUACAGAAUCCGUGGACGAGGGGAAUGCCGGAACAUCUAUUCAAAAAGAUGGAAUCCGAGAGACGGAAAGACGCCAAAUCCGAGGGCGAUCCAGCUACUGGUAAGCUUGAGGCUCGGCAACGAGCUAAGCUUGAACAUAUGGUGCGUAUUUUGACGCCGGAAAAAAAGCGAAUAGGCGAGGUGAUGUUGUACUGCAUUGAACACGCAUUCGCUGGCGAAGAAAUCGUCGAUUUGAUUAUGGAUUCGCUUGAACUUACGGAGACGCCAUUGUUCAAAAAAAUCGCUCGAUUGUAUCUUGUAUCUGAUCUUGUUUACAAUAGUAAUGUACGGAUGCCGAACGCCAGCUUCUAUCGGCCAGCUUUCGAGCCUCUUGUACCUCGGAUAAUAAAAGCGCUCAAUGCAACGUACGAAUCGAUUGAAGACAAGGAAACGGCCGACCAGUUCAAGCAGCGGGUACUUAACGUUUUAAAAGCGUGGCAAGAAUGGUCGUUAUAUCCCAACGACUUUCUGUUACAGAUGCAAAACACGUUUAUGGGCUUUGACAAAAAGCCUUUAGUCGACGUCGAUCCCGACGAGGACCAGGACACGAGUAGUGAAAAGGACGAAAAAGAAAAAAAUGAGGAAUCUGAAACAACACAUACAGAACUGUCGAAGCCUGAGCAGCAAAAAAUCGGCCUAGCAGGGCUCGUCGGUUACGGAAGCGAUGACAGUGAUCAAGAAAUGCCGACCCCUAAAGAAUCCGAACCGCCUCAACCGUCGCAGUCAGCAAAGCCGAAAUUUGUCGCCAGCAAAUGGGAAACCGUCGAUCCGAAAGUGGUUGAAGAGCAGGCAGUUACCACGUCCAAGUGGGACAUGUUUGAGGACGACAAAGACAAAGAAAAGGAUAAAGAACACCAAAAUCGAACAGGUGGUCGAGGUGCGUUGUCAGCGAUAGCACACGACCCUGAUGAGGACUCUGACUCGGAGACGAGCCAGAGUGUGGCUGAACAGGAUGACUCAGAGCGUCGGGGAAAGCUACGCGAUAUAGAAUGCGAAGUACUCAAACUCCAGGAUGAGCUGGAAAAGAAACGGCGCUAUACGCGCACCGAGAUUCAGGAGCAGUGUCGGGAGUUCCGAGCAAAGUUGGUCCGACGCCUCGACGACGCCGACGAUAAGACGACAAAACGCGACAAGGAGCGCCGCGGAACAGAAAAAAGCGACAGGGAUAAAGAUAAAGACAACAGUAACAGCAGAGAUAAAAACAACAGCAACACAAGUGGGGGCAGCAGUAGCAGCAAACGAUACGAUAGCGACGAGGAACAACGGGACCGAAAGCGGGAUCGAAGUAAAGUCGAUAAGCGGCGCCGGAGUCCAUCUCCAGUGACUUCAUCGCGAAGACGAAGUUCCUCGUCGCCAAGAAGACGGUCACCAUCACCUUAUCGAAAGCGGAACAAAUACUAGCGUACUAGGCACACCGUGACGGUAAAGAUGGUGGUACGAACAGCAGCAAGGUGUUCGAUAAAGUUGACACAGAAUAGAACAUGAACGGACAGGGGCUAUGGAAAACAUCCUGUGGACGAGAAGAGAUAAUAAUUGUCGGGGCAUCAAUGUUAUAUAAAAAGCGAACCGCAGAGCUCGGUGCAGGUUAAGAAAAAGGUGGUGCACUGAGUGUAGGCUAAAGGAAUUACGUAGUAAAAAACGUGUGGUUUGACAAAAAGAGGAAAAAUGCGGGUGUGAAAGAGCAUUGAUUGAGUAACUUUGUUGGGUGAUCGAUUGCGAGGCGUUAAGAAUUACAAAAACAGAUACGUACAUAAACACACAGAAAGACGUAACCGUACUAAAUCUAUACACAUAUAAAUUUAAUACACAUCAUUUGGUUGUAUUGGUUGCGCCAACCAGUAAAAUGGUGUCUGAUUGUCUAAAACUAAAAGACGAAAGCAGGAUAGCGAGAAAGCGAGAUAUGGUGAUCGAAUGACGAUGACUUCUUGUACAGUUUGUAAAUUAGUAUAUGCACACUUAAUGAUGACAGCAGAAGAUAAAAAGAAGACGUAAAAUAACUAAGAGUAGAAUAGAAAUUUGAAUAAAAACGGUACAAAAGAUAUUACUUUACUAUUAUUACUAUUAUUGUUAUUAAUAAUAAUAUCAACA